AUGUCGGAAGAACUUUUUAGCGAGUUAUAUGCGGAUGUUUUGUCGGAUUGUCCGAGUGAUUUCGAGUUCAGUGAUUCUGAUAGUGAUGAUUCAGACAUUAGACCAUCAAAACGACAAAGAAGAAUUCUUUCCGAUAGUGAAGCAGAUAGUGAUGAAGAGUGGAAUGAUAUUGAUAUUGUUCCUUCUUUGGAAGAUUAUUCGAGAAAUUCGAGAGUACCGAAGUUCGAAUGUGAUCCACCAAGCAUCGUUGAUGUAAUCGAUUCGUUUUUUGAUGAAGAAUUUUUCAAUUUAGUUGUUUCUCAAACAAAUCUAUAUCACACCCAAAUGAAAGAUUUGCAUAAAAAUUCAGCCAAAACUUUACAGUGGAAGGAAGUAACAACGAACGAUAUGAAAAAGUUUCUUGGAUUGUUGGUAUUGAUGGGACAAACGAAAAAAACUUGCUGGAGAGAUUAUUGGUCAACUGACCCUUUGGUGGAAAUACCAAUAUUCCCUAAAACAAUGAGCAGGAUGAGGUUUGAACAGAUCUUCACAUUUUUCCACCUCAGUGAUAACGUUGAAAAUGUACUUAGUACAGAUAGGCUUUAUAAAAUUAGACCUCUCUUAGACUUCGUUAUUUCCAAAAGUCAAUCGAUGUAUGUACCGAAGCAGCAAUUAUCAUUAGACGAAGCAAUGAUACCAUGGAGAGGACGUCUAAAAUUCAAAACAUAUAAUCCUGCAAAAAUUACAAAAUACGGAAUUUUAGUGAGAAUGGAAUGCUUACCACCCCUAGAUGAUGUCGUCAAUGAUCAACUGCUGCCUCCUUACCAAUUUGUGAAAUAUUCAUUAAACGUAGACGGAGCCUUCAAUCUCAACAUCUGGGCAGCUUUCGCCAAUUAA